CUACGUCACAGCAGCAGAGGAAGAGGAGGAGCUUGUGCUGCCAGCUGAACUUCCGCCUUUCCUCCGGGAGACCUGUUGCGGUUCGUGUGGGCCAGUCUGGCUUUGUGGAUCCGCUCAUGUAGACCGGAACCGACGGCGGACUAACAGUGUUCGGUGAUGGAUGCAGAGAGCGGUCAGCUGUUCGUGCCAGCAGAAACCGGGCCGCGGCUCGUCGGCGCCGACCUCAUCUUCAGCGCCUCAGAGGAGCCCCUGCAGGACUGGGUGGUGGACCCCGACAGCGCACUGAAUGACAGCGAACCAGAGGACGUCCUCCACGCCGUCGACCCGAACGAGGUGUUUGGGGGCGUGGCCCCGGCUGACCCCUCCUCAGAGAGUGACAGCGGCGUGUCCGAGGACAGCCCCGUCGCCCCGGCAACAGCCUUCCCCUCAGCCACCGUCUACCAGGUGGUUUAUGACAUCAGCGGGCUGGGCGGGGCCAAGCCCGGUCCCGCGGACGACAACGUGAUCUCCAUCGAGCUCGAUGGGUGGAGCUCUCAGCUGCUGCUCUCCGACUCCUGCCUGCUCAAGCAGCUCCCGCUGGUCCCGGCAGCCGGACCGGGCGCUCUGAGCGGCGCCGACCCCCCCAGCCCCGACGAAGACGCGCUGCAGCUGACGGAGGAGGAGCAGAAGCUGCUGAGUCAGGAGGGGGUCUCCCUGCCCAACAACCUGCCCCUCACCAAGGCGGAGGAGCGGGUCCUGAAGAAGGUCCGCCGGAAAAUCCGCAACAAGCAGUCAGCCCAGGACAGCCGGCGCCGCCGGAAGGAGUACAUCGACGGGCUGGAGAGCAGGGCGGCGGCGUGUUCGGCGCAGAACAGAGACCUGCAGAGGAAGGUGGAGCAGCUGGAGAAACACAACAGCUCCCUGCUGGCUCAGCUUCAGCAGCUUCAGACCUUCAUCCGGCAGACGGUCAGCAGAGGAGCUCAGACCAGCACCUGCCUACUGAUCAUCCUGGUGUCUCUGGCUCUGAUCGUCAUGCCGAGCUUCAGCCCGUUUAGCCGCCGGCCCACCGCGGACGAGGAGUACCGGCCCACAGGAGUCAUCUCCAGAACCAUCCUAACCGACCCCUCGGCGACCGCAGACGAUGGCCGCCUUCCUGACGCAUUGCCGCCGGAUUCCAGCCAAUCAGGAGCUCCGGGGGAGGCGGGUGUUCUCCAGGAGCCAACAGGAAACGCAGACUUUAACGAGGGGCGGAGCCAGUCAAUGAACACCUCGGCGAAACAGGAAGACGGUCAUGACGGUUCCAAGUCAGCCCAUGCCGAUGAGAUGUAGAAAUCCAGGAGAAGCUUUGGUUCUGUUCAGCAGAAUGGGAGCAGAACAUCCGGGUCAGAACUCUGUAGAACUUACUGAAGGUCCAGGCUGGUCCGGACUGAGGAGAACCAGAGAACAUCUUCUGUCUGUGUGGGCCGUUCCUGUUUGUGACCUCCAACCAGAACCAGCGCCGUGCUUCUAAAGCGGGCCGACACCACCCGAGGAAAUGUGUCUUCAGGUGGAGGUUCUGAUCACAGAAAGAGUUCUGGUGGAGGAGGGGAUCCGAUGCUCCACGAGGUUCUGCAAACAUGUUUCAGAUGUAAAUAAAGACGGUGGUUCUGAAGAACUUCUGGGUUUUCAGGCUGAGAAGAUUGUGGUUGGAGCUGAAGGGUCCGGCGGGUCUGCUGGAUCCUCCUGCUGGUGCUGCAGGUCAGAACAUCAGGUCUGUCUGGUUCCUCUCCCCGUCAUGAAAACGGAUCCUGGUCCCAGAACGAAUCGGACCGCCGUCUGCAGGAAGUCAUGUGAUCAGAGCGAGGUCACAGCAGGUCAGGUGAAAUGUAAACCUGUGGGAUCUUUGGAAGGUCCUGGACCGGAACCGGAUCUUCAGUCUGAGGAUCCAGACGGUCUCAUGCAGGACCGCAUGUGGCCUCCAGGGGGAGCUCCAGCUCCACAUCUGCAGAGCAGCUCAGGUUCCUGUGACGUCAUGAAGGUUCAGGUUCAUGAGGUGAUCAGAGAUCUGGAGGAGAACGGUUCCGGUCCAGGUUCUGCUCCUCCAGAAUCCUCCCUCGGAGUUCGGGUUCUGCCGGUCUUUGGUCGUCUUGAAGGUUCUGGUCUUCAGUGGAGAAAGUCUGCCGGACCUGUCCAGAACCUUCAGGAGAAUUUUCAAUAAAGUGGUGUUGCUGUGA